AGAAUCGAUUUGUGUGUUUCUUUUUAGCCAGCUAACAACAUGCCGAGACAAAGAAGAACACGAAAUCGUUUAAUAAUUAGUUUUAUCUUUAUGAUGUGUAUGGCCUCGCUUUACGUUUUGCUCUUGAAAAUUAGGAAGAUGAACCAUUUAUCAGAAAUGGAAGAGAAUUCAAGACAUUUUGCAAUUGUUAAUGACAUUGUCUACUAUAAUUCAACAUAUUCAUCAUCUGAAAAACCAACAUUUAUGUUUUUAAUAACAAGCCAAAUUGAAAAUUUUUAUUUGCCAAUGACAUGUAGUUCAAUUGAUGGUUAUACCGAAACCACUUCUCAAAUAGCAAUUCAGCAAGUUGGAGAUUCAUUUCUAGUGGGAACUUGUACAGUUGUUGAGGAUCCCCUUUAUGUUACGCUGAAGCUGGAUGAUUUUAAUAUGCAGAUUGAUGCUCCAACUCCACUUGAACACUUAUCAAUAAAGAAUUCAAUCGUGAAAGAGGAUCAUGUAAUCUGUAUGUCACAUUUGGUACUUUAUGAAGAUGGUACCACAAUUCUUUCACUGUUAAAACAUUUCAAAAACUCGGCUGCCAAGAUAAUGAUCUACGCAGCUAGCGUCAGUGACAGUCUCUAUAAAGCCCUCGAAGAAUAUUCUGAAAAUGUGGAAGUGGUUCCAUGGAUGCUUCCAGAAGCUAAAAAACGAGGAGAGUUCGAUAAAUUGAAGUUAGAUCCAAAUUAUUCAAAAGCCGGAACUGAAGGAAGUCUUACGCAUUGCUUCUUACGAUAUGCUCCAGUUGUUCGAAAAUUAACUCUUAUAGAUUUAGAAACUUUGAAAUUCAAUGCAAUUCCAUUUAACCCCGAUUAUACUCUCAGUAAAGGAAUCACAAGUAUGAUAACUGAUGGAUGGAAACUAAAAAAGUUAACAACUUACCGUGUCACAAUGAACUCCCAAAACGAUGUUGUUCUGAAUGAAAAAUGCUUUGUCCGACAAGAUGCGCAAGAUUUGGACAAAGAAUGCGGAGAUCUGAAGAGUCCCGAAACAGAAACGACGCCGUCCCGUUCCAUCUACAUACCGAAAGUUGUUCAAUUUGAUAAUUUGAGUAUUUACGAGGAUGCACUUGGAAGGUGUACAUCCUACAAAUCGACAAUUGAAGACCGACAAAAACUGAUGAAGUUCGAGUUCGAAUUAGAGAACCGAGUGUCUUCUGAAGUUUGUGAAAUCGAACUAAUGCGUGACGAUUUCAAAUGUCGCGUCGCAAUGGACUAUAGUAAAAAGAUGUUCCGACGGAGGACACGUCUCUUGAUUACUCACAAAAGAGCGUUUUUACGGUUUUGGGAUGGAUGUCAUUUGUAGAAAUCAUUUACUAUAUAUAUAAAGCGCUUAUUCUGUG